AUGUGUAAUUGUUGUUCAAAACGUUUGAAAAAAACACUGUUAACUGUAACCGGUAUCCUAUUGAUCAUAAUUUCUGUAGUUUUCUACCUGUUCUACGAUCGGGCCAUCCGAUGGCAGGUGCGUCGAGCACUGGUACUAUCAGAGGAUUCAUUGAUUUACGAAUUUUGGCGGGACGUACCCAUAGAUAUCUACUAUUAUAUCUAUAUGUUCAACACAACAAACCCGGACCGAGUGGCCGGUUUGGGUGAAGACCCGAACCUCCAGGAGUUGGGUCCGUAUGUCUAUCGGGAAAAGCGCCAGAAAGUCAACAUAACGUUCAAUACUAAUGGAACGGUUAGUUAUGAACAAAUAAAGACCUAUCAUUUUGACUCUGAGAGGUCAUCGAAAAAUGUCAGUAUCAACGACAUGAUUGCCCACUUGAACUAUCCGUUAAUAGUUGCCGGCUAUAUACUGCACCGGGAGUUUGCCGACAAUCCGUUUAUGUAUUAUAUGAUGCAAACGGCUUGCGAUAAUACGGCACAUCCUAAAAAAUUAGUGGACUGUUCCCUAUAUCAGAUGCAUACUGUCCAACAAAUACUGUUUGACGGAUGGACUGAUAAUCUGAUCGAAGCGGUUGGCGAUAGAUUGCAUCUACCGUUUACUAAGUUUUCGUUUUUUACUGGUCGUAACGGUACGGCCUGGGAUGGCCAGUAUAAUAUGUUUACCGGUAGCACCGAUAUCGACAAACUAGGGUUUAUGAACCGAUGGAAGAAAAACACGACUAUUGGACACUUCCGCAAACUAUCGCAUUGCGACCGUUUUGACUAUUGUACGGCCGGUGACCUGAGACCGCCGUACCAGAUGUCCGAAUCGAGUCAACCGAUAGACAUAUUUAUUGGCGAUAUGUGUCGUUCGUUUAGACUGUCCUAUAGAGAGGACAUCGACUAUCAAGGAAUAUAUGGCAAAAGAUACGUUGCCGACGGUUCAGUGUUUGACUAUUCAAUGGACAUUAACCGAUGCUAUUGCGGUAAUUCAACAAAAAGUAUGGAGUGUCCGGCCAAUGGUGUGGCCGACGUCUCCCAGUGCGUAUACGGUGCACCGGUUUAUUUAAGUUAUCCACAUUUUUUACACGCCGACAGAAGUUAUACCCGAUUUCUGAGAGGUCUGGCAGCCGAUAAGCACCGACACCUGUUCUAUAUGGACUUUGAGCCCCAAUUGGCCGUACCAUUGAAGGCCAGCGCCAAAAUACAAAUGAAUCUAUUGGUUGAACGCAAUGAAAACAUGAAUACUACCAAACAGUUGGUUCAUCAGAAGCUCUAUUAUCCUCAACUAUGGCUCGAUAUUAGGGUCGAAAUGAACGACGAAAUGACCAAAAAAAUCAAACUAAUUGUCAAAUAUGUGCCAAUGAUUUGCGAUAUAUUAGCCCUAUUGGGUCUAUUGGUUGGCAUAUUGUUAGUGCUAAUUGUGCCCAUACCUUGGUAA